AUGUUCCACGCCGCAACGUCUCUACAAGCCAGCGAAUUCCAAUCGGUUGAUAACAGUACCGCUGCGGCGAACCCCAGUCAGAUGGGACCUCGCGCGGACUACAUGACACCAGGCUACUCUCGGAGUGCGUCCGUGGUCAGUUCUAUGGUCGGGAGGCAAGAUGAAGAUAUAUCGUCAAUCAUGAUGCGUGGAGCAACUGAUCUGAGGAAUGCGAAGUACGCGAUUGAAGAACAGCGCCGGGAGAUAGCUUUCCUCCAGUCGCAGCUCGAUAAUGUGAAGGGAGAGAAAGAAGAGGCACUCAAGCGUCUACAGUCGGUCAAAGACGCCGCAAAGCAGAGCCUUGAGAAAAGUUCCAAGAGCCUGAGCAAUCUAGAGGAUGUCAUGAACGAACUGAAGAUUAGGUCACAGUCAUCAUUCGAGGUGGUAGCGAAAGCACAGAGCACACUGCCAGAUAUCCAAGAGAUGCGUGAAACUGUAUCCGAGGCCAUGAGAAGUAUCGAGCCGUUCCUAGAUGAGGAUGGAAUCCCUGUCAAGAGUUCCGAAACUCGCCAACUCGUGGACACGCUACAGCUCGAAUGUCAAAAGUCUCAAGAGGUUACGGAUAUGCUGCGUGACAAGCUGUCCUGUGUAGGCGCGGAACUCGUGGACGCGAGGAACCGUGUAACGGGACUGGAGAACGCACAAGUUAUGGACCGUGCUGCGCUACAAGAAUCCUCGAGGAGCGAACAACUGACCGAUCUAGCGGAGGCGAUGAAGAAGCAACAGCAGGAGCUGUAUGAUAUUCUGUCGAUUGCUGCCGAGGCGGAUGCAAAGCUGUGUGCCUCCAAUGAACGCAUUAGUGAAUUGACUGUAGUGCUUGAAGCAAAGGACUCCGAAUUAGGGGAGUUGCGUAUGGUCAAGCAUCACAAUGAUAGUCUUGUACACCAAAUCUCGGAAAUGGAAGCUAAGAUCGAAUCGCUAGAGCGAAUCGCCGAAGAAGUGGACGGCAUUCGCAAGCUCAUCUCCGAGAAGGACCUAUGUAUCAAUACACUCGAGGUAUCUCUCAAGUCAAGGGGGGAACUUGCAGAGGAACUGAGGUCCAGACUUGUGGACCUCGAGUCACGCAUGGCCAACGACAAUGAGAAGAUCAGAGAACUUACAGGCGAGCUGCGAGAGUACAAGGCGCGUGAGACCGCAGCAGUCAAAGAGGCCGAAUGCCGCAAUUUGGAGCUCCAGCAAACGCUUCAGAGGUCUGCUACUGUUGAAGAGGCACUCGACGCCGUCAAGAAGGAAUCAGACCUCCGCAAUGAGAAACUGCAUGAUGCGAACACCCGUUGCCAGAUCCUCGAAGAACGUUUCGAAGAGCAGUCGAUAACCCUCACAGUUACCCGGGAACAUAAUGGGGACUUGCAGGAACGCUUGAUCACUAGCGAAGCUACUCAUGCGCGAGCCUUUGAAUCUGCAACUGGGGAUCUAAAAUGCGAGAUUGCACUGCUGAAGGAGCAGAAUGCCCAAUUGCAGAACAUCGCCAGCCAGUUAGACCUCAAGAUCAAAGGUCAAGAAGGAGAGUUAUCAGUGAUGGCGAAGGAUUACGAAGAGAGACUCAAGAAGCAAGAAGAGCUACAUCGUUCUCGCGAGGACGCUGAAGAGAAACGAGCUAGCCGCGCAGAGUACGACCUCGCGGCGUCUCGUGUUAUGGUACAAUCGCUUCAAGAGAAACUGGACCUCACCACCACAGAGGCUCAGAGUAUUCGCGAAAGACUGAACGAGGCAUUGCUCCCUGAUCCAACUCUUACGAUGGAGGUGACUGCCCUAAAGCUCCACAUCCAGAACCUAGAAGCAGAGCGGCAUAAACACCUUGAACGGGCUAAGACAAUUGACAUACGCUACAAACGAGGAGAUCUGAACGAGGAGGAGCAGACGUUCAUCAACACCCUCGUGCAAACGUCCCAGGCCAUUCAUGAACAGGAACUCAUUGCAAAGGGUAAUGACCUACGCCGCCGCGACAACACUAUCAAGGAGUUGCGCGCCAAAGUGCAUCUCCUCGAGUCUAGCGUGGCUAAGCUCCUCAAGGCCCAAGCGCAAGCGAAGAUGGCGCCGCCAGCAACAGAGAACAGGUCGAUGAUCAAUCCCGCAGCGUGGACAUCGUCCGAUCCCAGUAGCUCCCCACCUAACUCUGGUUCUCAAGCACCGGAUAGAGACAUUCCAAAGGAGUCGACAAACGUGGAUAACCCGGUCACCGCGAAGUCGACACCAGCACCAUCUCGCGUCCCCAUACGACCUAUACUUGCUGUGUCUACAGGACCAUUGCAAGUGACACCAGUGCAAGUCAAAGAUAUCAAUGAACAAGGGAAAAGCGCGACUAAGGCACCGAAGACGCCAGCUGCCAACCGCAUCCCUGCGCUCGAUCCCAUAGGUCAUUCAGCUCCUGCAAAGCCCGCCUUCGGUAGACUUGCCAUGGCCUCGUCUGACGAGAUCGCCGAGUUCGAUGUACCACUUGCUACAGUCUUGCGGAAGAGAGACACGAUCGAGUCGCCACGCAGAUCCGCCGAGAGUGUGACCGUGUCGAAGCCACCACUGAAACGUUUGAGGACAUCCGCACGUAUUGCCGACGAACGGGCAAGCGGAGCAUCCACUAACAAGCUCCCGAUCCCGACCUCUACUUCGAAGGCUAAAUCGCGUAAGCGGCGUUGA